CCUGGGUUCAGCGGCUUCCGCCGCGUCUGGGCCUUUGUCCCCGAUCAUCGUCGCUCUGCUCCACACCCAAACGACGUUCACGAUAUGUCGACAAAAACCUCUGGUGCAUCGGCCAAUGCACCAAAGACCCUGUCGGUGCCGCUGACGCCCCAGCGGCCCAAGCCUGACAGCGCUCGCCGAGCGAUGACUGACCUCAAACGAGCAAACCCGUCCGUCCCAGGUCUCUCAGACCGAUCCGCAUUUUCCAAAACCCGAGACGAUCGCCACCAAACCGGCCACAAGUAUACGCCUUAUACCAUCCCAAGCCGCCGGGCGAUCGGCAGCGUCUCAUCCGAUCGCUCAAGUCCAGAUCCUAUCGACAUUGACCCCAAUGAUGAAAUAGGAAGCACCGCGGGACAUCAUGAGCAGGCCCAUCCGAAUCGACCCGAUCCGGCCGAGUCUUUGGCGGCGCCAGGACCGGUUGAAGCAGCGAUCCAAGAGAUAAGCAGGGAGUCUACGACGACUGCCGCCUCGGACAGAGACGAUGAGGACGAUCUCGAUGUGUACGGAGCCAAGAUGUACAGCCAAAUGCUCGACCGGAAGAAGGAGCUGCCCGAGGCUCAGUCUGACGGUGUCGCUCUGGAGCUUGAUAUCUGGAGGAUGAAGGAGGCAUUUGCGGAGCGCCUCGAGAUCGAUCCGGGCGAUUUUGCUGCGGACGCCUAUGAAGAGAUCCAACUGCGAUCGGAGAAGAUCCUCCUUGGUACUGGUCGCGCUGUCGUCGAUGAGUCGGGAAUCUACUGGAGCGGCAAGGUCGAUGCCCUGGCAGAAGAUGAGCCCAUGCGGCUGGCCGGUGGGCUAGUCUGCUUCCACUGGCCCUACGGGUGCAUGGAGUGUCCGGCUCUGGAAGAAGACGUGCUGCGGCUCAAUCUGUUGGAGAACUCUGUCGAUGUCCGCUUCGGCGUCGACGCAUUCAACAGCUGGCGUAGCGAGGACUGCUUCAAUCUGAUCGUGGAAAACCUCUCCAGAUGCAAGAAGGAGAUGCGAGAACAGCAGUCCAAGGACAAGCCCGCGAUAAGCAAAGACUGGUCCCACAGCUUACGACACACAGACGCAGACUCCGCAGCGGAUCCUCCGAGCUCGAGCCAGUCGUCGAUGGUUACCUUGAUGAAAAUGAUCAACCCGACACUCUCCGCGAUCCGGCCGGUGACUGGGACAGCCCCAGCAGCCCAGCCAGAAUCAGCACAGUUGGUUGCUGUUGCUGCUUCUGUCUUUGAAGCGACCCCGUCCACGGAUUUAAGCGUUGAUCCGGACGAGAUGACAGCUGGUAGACAAAGUGGAAUGGAUCGGAUCCACAGCACGAGCAGAGAGGCUCUAGUGCACGCCAGCGUCCGCACCGAAGAAAUCCACAGCGAGCUCGCCAACUUGCGGGAAGCAUCGCAGCAGCUCAUCGAAAGCCAGUUCAAACAGGCGCUGGAAUGUGCCAGCGAGGAGAAGGAGAAAGCACACCGGCUGGCCGAGCGGAUAUAUCAGGAUGCUCUUGCCCUGGCCAGUGCCCGCUACGAAGAGGCCGUGCGGCAGGCCCAGCACGCCCGAGACAGCGGGCUGGCUCUGUGGGGUCCGACAUGCACAAAGCUCGAGCAGUUGGUCCACGACAGUAGCAAAGCACAAGCGGCGAGCCUGGAAAAGCUGGUGGUGCUCUCGGAGACACUCACCAGAGCAUCUGCUGAUACUCCAGAGCGGCCGAAAUGCGGGCUGUGCUGCGACCAGCCGGAAAAUUGUGUAUUCCAUCCAUGCGAGCACCGCCUCUGCUCGCAGUGCGCCGAGCGCCUCGCUGAAUCACCAUCGGGCCUCGUCUGUCCGUGGGAUCGCCAGGAUGUCAUUCGCAUUGCCCUGCUGUGAUUCCUCCCUCACUGGCUGCGUCCUGCGCUGCCCCCCACACAGCCGGCUGCCGCCCCCCCCGUCUCCGGCCCAUGAGGCACCCUGCCCCGCCCUGUCCCGCCCUGUCCUGCCUCCUCUUCCGGCCGUGGCCGGGCCGAGACGGAUGCCGCCGUCUUUGUUGGCUGCUUGCCGUCCGAUGUCCUGUUGCUGCCCGCCCACGUGCCGGGCUGGAGAGUCAAAUAGAGCCUGUCGCCGAUUCUCAACAGAACUCCCGCGAGCAGUGCCCCGUCC